AUGGCUUCUGUUGCUGCUGCGCCUGCCGCGGCCAUGGUGUCUGGUAGACACGAUAAUGAGCUCAGGCACGAUAUCAACAAGUUGAGGACUUUUGAACAACAAUAUCCACAACCUCAAGGACAAAACAAUGUGCAAGUACGAAGUACGGAGGUUCCAGCAGGUUACAAAGGAGAGAUCCCUACAACACAAGAUGGUGAACAUGUGAUCUGGGUCAAGAAGGUCUAUACAACAAGGGAGUACUACGAUCCUCCUGAUGAGUAUGAGCCUGAGGAGCUGAAUGAAUUUGGGUUCCGAAAGGAGCGUGACGUGUCAUUGUAUCUAAAUCGUCGUUACCCAUAA